ACUUGUACACACGCCCGCAGAGUCAGGAGGGUCUCGCUUCUCUGGCGCUGGCAGCUGCAGUGCACCCCAGGCCGGUGAAGCUCAUUCCCCCGCGUGGUGGUGGGCGCUGCCUGUGCUCCCGCCCCCGGGGUUCCGGGGCGGGCUGGUACCUCCCCUUAAAUAAAGCCGGGCUGGCGCAGCCGCUCCAGGAUGCUCCGCGCGUAGGGCUGUCCGAGUCCCGGUUCUCGCGUCCCCGGCCAGCUGGAGCCAUGGGAGCCCCGCGCCGACUGCUCGAGCUGUGUGUCCUGCUGAGUCUGUCGGGAGCUGGAGCCCAGGACAGCAUGGGCUGUGCCCCGUGGUGCCCUCCAAACUCCAAAUGUUUCAACAGCUCCGCCUGUCUCUGCAACCCUGGCUUCAAUCCACAUGAACCCAUCACCAGCUUCAUGGACGUUUGCGAUGACAUCAACGAGUGUGGACCUCCCACAAGUGUGUCUUGUGGGAGAUUUGCAGAUUGCGAGAACACAGAGGGGAGCUACUACUGUGUGUGCAGCCCGGGAUACGAGCUCAUUAACAAAGCAAAAAAUUUCAGCAACGCGGCGGAGAACACGUGUCGCGCAACGGCCUGGACGACGCCUGCCACUUCAGGCUCAGCCGUGCCUAGGAACCGCCCUGACCUCCCACUCAGCGUGGACCCAGGGACGCAGGCUGGACCCUCAGAAGGAAGGACAGAGGAUGUGAACGAAUGUACCAACGGACAGAACCCCUGCCACAACUCCACCCACUGCAUCAACAAUGCGGGUGGCUAUCAGUGCAAAUGCCGGCGUGGAUGGCAGCCAGCUCCUGGAUCCCCCAAUGGCCCUAACAACACUGUCUGUGAAGAGGUGGAUGAGUGCGCCACCAGGCAGCAUCAGUGCCACAACUCCACCAUCUGCGUCAACUCCGUGGGGUCAUACAGGUGCCGCUGCCGGCCAGGCUGGAAGCCGAUUCCUGGGUUCCGCAACGGCCCACAGAAUACCACCUGCAAAGCAGAGGUCCACUUCCCUGUCUGGACCCUGCCCCCUGGGAUCCACAGCAAGGUGAGCGGCCCAGCAGACCAGAAGAGUCUCUCACGCUUCUUCGUCGAAGUGCAGAAUCUGCGCCGAGACUUCCAGCCCCAAGAAGCUGAGCAGACCAUCAAGAAACUCGUUGAGGUCCUGGAUGGGCUGCUGGAAGCUCCUGGGGACAUAAAGGACCUGUCCCUGCGAGAGCAGCACCUCGUGGCCACCUGGCUGCUCUCGAAGCUGGAGGAUACCCUGAGGUCCCUGGCCCAGGCCCUGCCCGAGGGCAGCUUCACCUACUCACUCCCCUCCAGCACAGAGAUGUCCCUGAUGGUCAAGGAGAAUGGCAGCGGAAAUGUCACCGUGGGCCAGAGCCACGCACGGAUGCUGCUGGACUGGGCUGUGGUAACAGGAGCAGAGGACUCAAGCCCUGCCGUGGUGGGCAUCCUGUCCAUCCAGCACAUGGAGGAGUUGCUGGCCAACGCCUCGCUGGCCCUGGAGCCCGAGAAGCUAGCGCAACUGACAGAGGCCCACGAGAGACCCGUCCGCGGGGCACGGGCCACACUCCUCUCGGCCGUCAACUCUGUCUUUCUGAGCAACACCAACACGGACCAACUGGCCUCCCCUGUCACCUUUGCUUUCUCCCACCAUCAGCCGGAGGAACCUGGAACAGAGCUGAUCUGUGCCUUCUGGAAGAGCGACAGCAGCGGGAAUGGACACUGGGCCACCACAGGCUGCCGGAGGCUGGGCAGCGGGAAGAACAGCACCUCCUGCCAGUGUGAUCACCUGAGCAGCUUCGCUGUCCUCAUGGCCCACUACCAGGUGGAGGACUGGAAGCUGUCCCUGAUCACCAAGGUGGGGCUGUCGGUGUCGCUCAUCUGCCUGCUGUUGUGCAUCCUAACCUUCCUGCUGGUGCGGCCAAUCCAGAGCUCGCGCACCACAGUGCACCUACACCUCUGCAUCUGCCUUUUCCUGGGCUCCGCCAUCUUCCUGGCGGGCGUUGAGAACGUAGGCGGCCAGGUGGGGCUGCGCUGCCGCCUGGUGGCGGGGCUGCUGCACUACUUCUUCUUGGCUGCCUUCUGCUGGAUGAGUCUGGAGGGUGUGGAGCUCUACUUCCUCGUGGUCCGCGUGUUCCAGGGCCAGGGCCUGCCCACGCGCUGGCAGUGCCUGAUCGGUUAUGGCGUACCCUUGAUCGUCGUGGGCAUCUCAGCGGCAGCUAACGGCUCGGGCUACGGCCACACGGCCCACUGCUGGCUGGACCCGAAGCGGGGUUUCCUCUGGAGCUUCCUGGGACCGCUGACCUUCGUCAUCCUGUGCAACGCCGUCGUCUUUGUGGUCACUGUGUGGAAGCUCACGCAGAAGUUUUCCGAGAUCAACCCGGACAUGAAGAAACUGCGGAAAGCGAGGGUGGUGACCGUCACCGCAGUGGCGCAGCUCUUCGUGCUGGGCUGCACCUGGGGCUUCGGCCUGUUCCUCUUCAGCCCCGAGAGCUGGCACAGCACCGUGCUGGCCUACGUGUUCACAGUGCUCAACUGUCUGCAGGGCACCUUCCUGUUCGUGUUGCACUGUCUGCUCAACAAGAAGGUGAGGGAGGAAUACCUGAAGUGGGCCUGUGCAGUCACUGGGAACAAGUACUCAGAAUUCGCCUCCUCCACUGGCAGUAGCAGCCAGCAGACCCGGGCCCUCAGGCCUUCAGAGUCUGGGAUGUGAAGGCCAGGCUUCCUCCUGUGUGCCGACAACAUCCCGUUCCACCGCUGCAGUCCUGCGCCUCGGGCUGCAUGAAGUGCAGAGGGCACAGCAGCUGCUCCUGAACCCACAAACAAGGAGUGGCGAACGGACCCGCUCCUGGCUGCCUUUGCCACACCCCUGCUGUGACCCGACAUGCCAGGCCGCGCCAGGCAGGGCACAGGCUUGGGGCCCUGCCGCGACCUGCCCGUUUGCCCUCAGCUGUCUGCCAGACCAGAAAAGACCAGGGGCACAGGUUCAACUUCCCUAAGCUAGGACUGAUGUCACGGCCAGAGUGCUGGCCACGCCGAGGUUCACGGUACAGAGACCGCUGCCUGCAUGAGGGCAAGGCGGCCUCACGUUUUGAAAGUUGUUGAUGUUUUGUUUUGUUACCUGUGUAAACCUUUCAAUGUUGACAGUUAACAUUAAAUAUCACACUGAUACA